AUGGCAACAAUCACCCAAAUGGCGACCGGCACUGCAUUUGACGUCCCACAGGCUGGCCUCUCUCGAUACCGAGGCACCACAACGGAGCAGAAAGUCAACGGCACCACCAAGCGCAUUCGAGAUACCAAAUACCGACAUGUCUUUGCCACACACUCGGUCACCCGCACCUCUUGCCUGAGCCACGAUGCAGAGAGCUCCCCCAGUUUUGUGGGCUUUAGGAAUCUCAUGAUCCUGGUGCUCAUUGUAUCCAAUUUGCGAUUGAUGAUUGUCAACUUGCAAAAGUAUGGCGUGUUGAUAUGCAUCAGUUGCCACGACUAUCGACGCUCCGACGUCAUCACCGGCCUGCUGCUCUACCUCCUCGUUCCCGCCCAUUUGUUCGUCACGUACUUGAUCGAGCUGGCCGCAGCAUGGCAAGCAGACAGAGCAUACACGCGCAUAUCAAAGCAGAGGGAUGAGGACACACCCGCUGCAUAUGCGGCUGCACUGCGAAGCUUCAACUCGACCUGGUACAUUGUCGCUUUCUUCCACAGCGUCAAUGCCGUUGCCAAUCUCUACAUUGCAACCAAGUACGUCUACUACGACAUCUACCACCCGGGUAUCGGUACGCUAUGCGAGUUCCACGCCGUCAUCGUCUUCCUCAAGUGCGCCUCGUACGCCCUGACGAACCGCGACCUUCGUCACGCCUACCUGCAUCCGAAGCAGGCUGACCCACUCCCUGCAUUGUACAAGACCUGCCCAUACCCGCAGAACAUCAACAUGAAGAACUUGUGCUACUUCUGGUGGGCACCGACACUAGUCUACCAGCCCGUCUACCCGCGUACCGAUACGAUACGGUGGGGCUUUGUCUUCAAGCGUCUAGCCGAGCUCGCAGGUCUCAGCAUCGUCAUCUGGAUUGCCUCCGCCCAAUAUGCUGCGCCAUUGCUCCAGAAUUCGUUGGACAAGAUUCUCACGCUCAACUUCACAUCCAUCGUGGAGCGCGUUAUGAAGCUGUCCACCAUCUCCGUCUUCUGCUGGCUCUGUGGCUUCUUCGCCCUGUUCCAGUCUGCCCUCAACGCUCUUGCCGAGGUUAUGCGUUUUGGCGAUCGAGAGUUCUACGGCGACUGGUGGAAUGUGAGCAGUAUCCGCACCUACUGGACCACCUGGAACAAGCCAGUUACAAACUUUAUGCGGCGACACAUAUACAGCCCACUUGUCGGCCGUGGCUGGCCACCUGCUCUGGCCCAGAUCUUCGUAUUCUUCUUCUCUGGCAUCCUGCAUGAGCUUCUUGUCGGUGUGCCAACACAUAACAUUAUUGGCGUUGCCUUUGCGGGCAUGAUGUUCCAGAUACCAAUGAUCGCGCUCACCGAUGUGAUUCAGAAGGUCAAGUGGAUACAAGGCAAGGUUGCAGGAAACAUGAUCUUUUGGAUUAGUUUUUGCCUUGUUGGACAGCCAUUGGCGGCACUGUUGUACUUCUUUGCGUGGCAGGCAAAGUAUGGAAGCGUAAGUAAACAGUUUCAGGAAAGUCCUGCCAUGCACUUGUUCCUCCGAAGAUGA